AUGGGGUGCUGCCCGGGGGACUGCUUCACCUGCUGCGGUCAGGACCAAAACUGCUGUGAAGAGUGUUGCUGCCAGUCGGCCUCCUGCGGCUGCGGGUCGUGCUGCGGCUGCUGCGGGUCGUGCUGCGGCUGCGGAGGCUCAGGCUGCGGAGGCUCGGGCUGUGGUGGCAGCUGCUGUGGCUCUUCUUGCUGUGGAUCGGGCUGCGGAGGCUCGGGCUGUGGUGGCAGCUGCUGUGGCUCUUCUUGCUGUGGAUCGGGUUGCGGGGGAGGCUGCUGUGGAUCCGGGUGCUGUGGCCCUGUGUGCUGCCAGCCCUCACCGGUGUGCGACACGAAGUGA